AGAGAGAGAUAGAUAGACAGGGAGAGAGAAAUGGCGCCUCGAUGCUGCGCUCACUGAGGCAGUGUUUGUAGCCGGCUAGGAAGAUUCAGUAAGGGCAGACAAAAGGAAAAAACAUGGUGAAUACAAGGAAAAGCUCACGGCCGGGAAGCGAUCUCUUCAUAUCCUCGAGGACUAGGUCGUCGUCGAGAACCGAGAUGAACUCUGAGGAACAUAAGGAGCCCAGUAGUGAUGUGAGCAGUCCCAGCAGCCCGCGCUUGGCUCCCCCUUCCAAGCGAACGCGGCGGCAGACGGCCUCUGAGCCCAGCUCCAGCGACACCUCUCCGUCCCCACAGACCAAGGCCCAGAGGGUCAGCUGGGAAAUUCCCACCUACCACACCAGGUUGUCCUCUCGCAUCAUGCAAAAUGGCCACGCCCAUAUGAGUCACCGGAAUGAGGAGCGUGGAGUGGGGGAUCACUCUCACAUGAAUGGACAUGUGGAGCUGAAGAGGAGCUGCCGAGUGAAGAAGAGCCAGUUCGAACACCUCAAUCAGAGCCUGUUGUUCGACCAGCUGGUCAACAGGGAGGGACGGGGACCCCUACUUCCACCACGACUGUCGACCAGGCGGACUGCUCAGUGCGUCAGGGGUCUGCGGCCAUAUCGACAAACCACCCGACCCAUCUUGAAACACAGACCUCGUCUUGUUUACCGUGCUUUCACUGCCGAGGCUGUCCUUCAGGAAAUGGACAACAUCAGCAGCAUCAGGCAGAACCGCGAGGUGGAGCGUCUCCGCAUGUGGACAGGAGACACUGAGGAGGAAAACAUGGACAUGUAUUCCCGGGUGAAGCGCAGGAAAUCCAUGCGCAGGAGCACUUUCAGCAUGCCCACACACCACAAAGCCAUGAGUAAAACUGAGCAGGAGGAUGAAGAGGAGGAAGGAACGGAAGAUUCUCACGGUGAGGAAGAAGAGCAGGAUGCAGAGGAUGAAGAUGAUGAAGGGGAUGAAGCAGAAGAAGCAGGGGAGGACAAUGACAGACGGUAUAACCUGAGGCAGCGAAAGGCUGUGCAGAGAUAUGAGGCACCACCUAUCGAGCCGGUGAACAGAAAACAGAGCAACCCCUCACUUUUUGACACCCUCAGAUCCCCAGCAAGAAGAAGCCAUAUAAGAGUCAAGAAACACGCCAUUCACAGCAGUGACACCACCUCGUCUUCUGAUGAAGAGCGGUUCGAGCGGAGAAAAGGCAAAAGCAUGACCCGGGCCAGGAACAGAUGUUUGCCCAUGAACCUGACUGGAGAAGAUCUGUCUAGUGGGGUGCUGCGUGAUCGGGUGAAAGUGGGUGCCAGCUUGGCUGACGUGGAUCCCAUGAAUCUUGAUAGCUCAGUGAAAUUUGACCAUGUGGGAGGCCUCGGUAGCCACAUCAAGUCACUUAAAGAGAUGGUUGUGUUCCCACUGCUUUAUCCUGAAGUCUUUGAGAAGUUUAAGAUUCAGCCCCCCAGAGGGUGUUUGUUCUACGGGCCUCCCGGGACGGGAAAGACUCUGGUAGCACGGGCGCUUGCCAAUGAGUGUAGCCAGGGAGACAAGAAGGUUUCUUUCUUCAUGAGGAAAGGAGCCGACUGCCUCAGCAAGUGGGUCGGGGAAUCAGAACGCCAGCUACGCCUGCUCUUCGACCAGGCUUACCUGAUGAGGCCAUCCAUCAUCUUUUUUGACGAGAUUGAUGGUUUGGCUCCUGUUCGCUCUAGCAGGCAAGACCAGAUACACAGUUCUAUUGUGUCCACACUCUUGGCCUUGAUGGACGGCUUGGACAGUCGCGGGGAGAUAGUUGUCAUCGGUGCUACAAACAGACUUGACUCUAUCGACCCGGCACUCAGGAGGCCUGGGCGCUUUGACCGGGAGUUUCUGUUCAACCUGCCCGACAAGAAGGCCAGAAAGCACAUCUUGGAGAUCCACACACGGGAAUGGAAUCCCAAAUUGUCUAAGCCGUUCAUCGAUGAAAUUGCAGAAAGAUGCGUCGGCUACUGCGGCGCAGACAUCAAAGCACUUUGCACAGAGGCAGCCUUGGCAGCGUUGCGCCGCCGCUACCCCCAGAUCUACGGCAGCAGCGUCAAACUGAGCCUGGAUGUCACCUCCAUCGUCCUGGGGGCCUGCGACUUCAGCAAGGCCAUCAGGACAAUCGUCCCCGCCUCCCAGAGGGCACUGGCCCCCCCCGGCCGAGCCCUGUCCCCCACCCUCAGGCCCCUGCUGGCCAGCUCUUUCUCCUUGGUGCUGAAGGCCCUGCUCCGAGUCUUCCCCCAUGCUCAGUGUACUGACGGGGACAACACACACGGCGGUGAUAAUCAUCUGCUCGAAGAGGACUACAGCGACGAUGACAAUGAGCAACGCUCCGCUUCCAUCUAUGAAGUCCAGCCUGCUGCAUCCCCAAAGACUCAGCUCUCCUCUUCUGCAACGCACACACCCUUCCUCCACUUCUCCUUCUCCGCCCUCCAACAGCCCACAGCAUACCGGCCUCGUCUGAUGCUGGCCGGGGCCUCGGGCUCAGGACAGAGCUCCCACCUGGCCCCCGCCUUGCUGCACCACCUAGACAAACUGCCGGUGCACCGCCUGGAUUUGCCCACGCUCUACUCCGUCAGUUGUAAGACGCCAGAGGAGUCCUGUGCUCAGGUUUUCCGGGAGGCCCGGCGGAGCGUGCCCAGCGUGGUCUUCAUGCCGCACAUCUCAGAGUGGUGGGAGACAGUCAGUGACACUGUGAAGAGCACCUUCCUCACCCUGCUGCAUGAUGUGCCCUCCUUCAGCCCCGUCCUCAUCCUCGCCACAGCUGAGACUCACUACUCACAGCUGUCAGACGAGGUGAGGAGUAUUUUCCAGAGGUCUUACGGGGAGGUAGUGACGCUGUGCCCUCCGGAAGAAGAGGACAGGAGGAGCUUCUUCUCUGACCUGCUGCUGGAGCAAGCAGCCAGGCCUCCACCACGCCUCAAGAAUCAAGGGAGGUGUGAAGAGGUUCUGCCAGCGGCUGAGGCUCCGGGGCCCAGAGUCCUGUCAACAGAGGAACAGCGCCGCCUGGCUGAGCAGGAGGAGAACACACUGCGCGAGCUCAGGCUCUUUCUCAGGGACGUGACCAAGCGCCUGGCCACCGACAAACGUUUUAACAUCUUCAGCAAGCCAGUUGACAUCGAUGAGGUGUCUGACUACAUGGAGGUGAUUCUGCAGCCCAUGGAUCUGUCCACCAUCAUGACCAAGAUUGACACCCACCAGUACCUGAGGGUGAAGGACUUCCUGGGAGACAUCGACCUCAUCUGCAGUAAUGCUUUAGAAUACAACCCUGACAAGGAUCCUGGAGACAAGGUGAUCCGGCACCGAGCAAGCAGUUUAAAGGACACCGCUCACGCUAUAUUUGCUGCCGAGCUGGACCCUGAGUUCGACCGCAUGUGCGAAGAAAUCAAAGAGGCGCGCUGGAAGAAAGACCUCCAGACGCCAGCUCAGCAGACGGAGCUGAUGGGCGCCGUGGCAACCAGAAGGCACCACGCUGGAGCAGAGGAGCAGGCCAGGAGCAGCCCUCAGGGCGAGGCCACUGAUAAACAGUGCACCACUAAUCACAUAAAGCGGAAGAUUCGCCGGCGGCCAUCUUGGGGACGGGGCAUCAUUCGUAAGAAGAAGACUUACAAAAAAGGAAUGGACGAGGAGGAAGAGGAGGAGGAGGAGCCCGAGGCCGAGGUGGAAGCUGUAGGGCCCAGUGACUCAUGUUUAACGCCGGACGAGGAAUCAUCAUGUGACACCAUGGGACCCCAGCCCAAUGGCCACCAUCCCCAUGUCCCCUCUACGGAAGAGGAGAGCUCCAACGAGCCCCCUGUUGCAGCUCCUGCUGAACCUCCAGUUGACAGCGAAGCCCAAGAGCAAACGCCUACAGAGGAGGAACCCUCGGCCAAAAAGGCAGAGCCUGAGAACACAGAGAAACACAGUGAGCCGCUUCGCCUCAGUGGCAGUUCUCAGCCCCAGGCAGAUGGGGAUGGCCAGUCCAAGAAGGCUGACUUCCAGCCGUCAAUUGAAUUGUCCAAAUCUUCAGAUGCUGAGGUCCAGCCUAAGCACACAGAGGGUGUCUUAGUAUCACAAGCGGACUGUGUGAAUGGAAACGAGUCAAUGGACAGCCUGGACUCACACAGCCUCCAGGGGAGCAGCGAGGGUGAGAAAAGAACUGCUCAUAGCACGGCUCGGUGCUCUAAUGAACCAGAACUGCAAGAGCACAAAGAUAAACACGAGAGCAACCCAACUCAGGAGCACCCCCCCCAGGACGGGAGAGCAGAAACAGGACAUGUUGUGGAACAUCAACAUACAGAAGGGGGUUCCACAGCCGAGAUGUCAGAGCAGCUGAAGGGAAUUACUGAAAGGACGGAGGAAGAGCCACAACCAGCCCCCCCUCAUCCUCCUUUAGUGGUUGACCACCAGCGACUUGCGGCUCUGCUGGAUACGGUGGUGAAGAAGAGUGAAGGAUACAGCGUGGAGCAGCUGGAGAGACUCUACUCCCUCCUCAGCCAGAGCAUCUACCGGCAUCGCAGAGAGUACGAGAAGACCACGCUACUGGAGGAGAUGGAGGGGAAAAUCCAGCAUUUUGAUACAUUCCUGUGAGACGGAGAGGAUACCAUAUCAGCCUGGGACCACAAAGACACACACACAGAGGCACACACAGAAAAAUCCAGCGCCCUCUUCUUGCCGGGAGGAGAAACACAAGGACGAUGUUGAGGACAUUCAAUGGUGCUAUCGUCUCAGGAACCUGGCCAGAUCCAGACCCACACACACACACACACACACACACACACACACACACACACACACACACACACACACACACACACACACACACCCCGCGCUGACGGUCGACCCUGGUGCUACUCGGGUGCUAUCCUAACUUUCAUCCACACUGCUCUUUGGGAUUACUUCUUAACUUUGAUGACGAGCAAAAGCCAACAGACCGGGUGGUGUCACCUGGAGACACACACGCACACGCACACACACACACACACACACACACACACACACGCACACACUGACUCUUGCAUGUACUUCAACAAACACAGCCGGAAUGCACACACUCACCCAGACCCUCACCAGCAGAAAGUGUGAAUGCAGAGUCCCGCUAGGAGAUGAGGACAGAUAAUGUUCUGAAUCACUGGACCACAUGGCUGAGCCCCCCCCCCCCCCCCCCCCCCCAAACUCCCAGUGAAAUGCUUCGUCAUAGGCCAGUAGUUACUGUGCUAUUACGCGGCUCAUCUUUUUCCGUCAUUUUAGCUACUUGAUUAAUUCAAUACCUGAGCCACCGUCAAGGAUACUCACCCCAGAACAAUAGUUUGAGUGUGAACAAAAACUGGAUGAGGUUAGCGCAGCGGGACUAGAGACGAUUAUGUCCUCUUCAUUACAGCGGCCCCGGUGGAGACCCCCCUCCCCCCCACAGUUUCUAUUUCAGACUGACUGGUGACCAGGUCAGCUGCACCACCUCUGGUGUACCCUACCUCUGGCGUUCACACUCGCAGCAGAUUGUCAUGUCCUAAAUAGUUUGGUAGCUCCACACCCUCCUCUUCCUCCUCCUCACUAGCAUUCAGUCUGAAUGUUUCCCUCCGACCCCCCCGGCUGAGGAACUGGAAGCAGUACAAAUUGGAAUGCGUCUAGAGUUUGCACUGCCUAGCGUGUGCCUUAUGUAAAACCCCUUAUAUUAAAACUCUGAUAUAUUUAGCAGGAUUUUUUAUUUACUUGUGACAAUGAACAGGCUCCAAUUUGGGGUUAGGUCCUAACCACUGAGGUCAGUGACCUUGAAGCAAAAAAAAUAAAAAUAUAUAUUUAAAUACCAUUAGGUUGUUUAAAAUCAAAUCUAGGUUACAUCUCCAACUGAAAAACCAAACUUUAAAACAUCUGAACACAAAAGGAGUUUUAGAUAACACUUACCUUUAGUGGAUGAGUCUGGCCAGACGCAUCUCAAGCACUUGACAUGUUUCAAUAUUUAAAUGUAUUCAUGCCCUCUUACAAACCUGCAGUCUCCACCUGAGCGGACAGCAGGUGUAGGACAGGUUGACACCACCAGCUUCUCUUCAGUUUUCCAUAUGCAAAAAUGAUGAUGCUAGUCAGACGAUUUACGGUGCCAAGUUUGAUCCCUCUCACUUAAAAGAAGGUGCUCAAAUAACCUGUUCAUACGAUUUUUGUUAACUAUGAAAAUGUUCUAUUGUAUGGUCACAACAACCUAUGUGUUAUGUUGUAUAUUUGAUAAUACUUUUCUACGGGUUUUUUUUUGUUGGUAUAAUGCUUUGCUUGAGUCGACAUUUUGCAACCCAUAAUGAACAAGGCCACUGUAGGCAGUGCGUCACUAAGUUGUAUAAGCAUUACACGGUUUAUUUUCCCCCUCCUUUUCAAAUGGGUUUCUUUCCGACUUUAUGGAAUUUGUUGUCAGUUUUUCUCGACACCAGACAAGAGAAGCUGGAUUCUGAUCUGUGGCCAACACAGUAGUUGUUUCUCUGACUGCAGUAAAUGAAGAUAUUUACUGAAGCUUUAUAAUGUUUUCAUGGCAUUGUCAUGGUUUUUGGAGAUGCCAUAUUGUGAGCAGGUGCAGACUUCCUUCACUCUGGUCCGAUCCUCCUCAAGCUCUCUGCCUUCUCUCAGACUCGAGGUGACAACAACAAAGAGCAUAUGCAAACUGGCAACCACUUGGACUACUGCAGAGAGAAAACCAACGCUACCUCAGCUUAAUUAUUUUAAUGCGACAACCGUUUACUGGGUACAAAAUCAGUGUUUCUCCCCCCCCCCCCCCCCCCCCCCCCCCCCCGAAAUACUGUUGCAACAUCUCCAGUACCAGAUCAGUGAAAGCACGGCCCUGCAGUAAUCCAAGAGUUCCUCAUAUCUCUCCCAUUGUCCACUAUGUUUGCAUUUGAGCCAGGUAAUGAUUGCAAACAUUGUAAGCAUAUUUCGUGGACUGUGUAUUAUAAGCUUUAGUUUCAUUUGUACUGUUCCUAGACUCUGAGGAGAUAACAUAGAUCUCCUCCUUCAGAACAAUCACACCCAGACUUGGUUAGAAGCUACAUCUUUUUCCUCCUCACACAACCAUCGCCUUUAUAUUAAAUUCAGCAUUUUUUUUGGUGCAGAUUUUCAUCUCAUGAUUCAGAUUAUUUAUUAUUAAACACGUUUUACACCUAAUUCAGUCAACUGUCUUUUUGUACGUUUGAAAUGUAAUGAAUCGGGGAGCGUCUGUUUUAACAAUUGUUGUUGAAUUGCGAAGCGUUUGUGUAGCAGGUUUUGUUUGCCGUGUGCGGGGGAAUAAAGGGUUUACAGGUCACUCAGGUUCUACACGCGACAACAUGCCCUUGCAACGUUUCUAUUUAUUUAAUUGUUCCGCUGUUUUCUUCGUUAAAGUGGUAACGGACUGUUUGGCAUACGGGAAGAGACUCACGAGGACGGAUAUUUAAAAACAUUGCAUCCGUCUAGUAGAUCCCAGGAAGAGAAAAAGGACCAGAGUUCUUUAAAUGUUGUUCACUUGUCUCCACUUUCUGCCAAAAGAAUUAUUUUUUAAGGAAUUUAGAAAACACAUGGAAAUAAAAUAUGGGUAGUUAAAUGUCAUACAUUGUGAUCUUCCUUUCUUAUUAAAAAAUUGUAGCCAGUUUGGACUAACAACCAAUUUUUGUCUGGUAGUUGAGACUGCUUAGUCCAGUAUGCAGAAGGAAGGGUUGUUCUAUCCUGAAAUACUUUGUUCUUCCCUAUUGUUUCACACUUAAUUUUAGUCGAGACUUUCCAUACCUUUGUCUGUUCUGUGUGUAUUUACCACGCCUGUUCGAAAUUGUUACUUUAGUGUAAGUUAUUAUUUGAAAUGAAACUUUUACUGUAUUUCUCAAAUAAACUGCUGUGAUACUUGAA